CUUGGCGGGACCUCUAUAACCUCCAGCCGGAUCGGGCCGGUCCCAAGUCUCAGCGCAGAUGCCACAGCGUGAGCGCGAACGGGCUGAGAAUCCCUGCUAGGUUGCCUUGGUCUUGGCGCUGGUCCAAGCUCUCUCCCGGCUUCCCAACAUUUGCUGCGUCUGCGCGACAACUGAGAUUUCGUCUCCCAUAAAACAGAAAAAAGACGGCCCACCACCGCACCUCAACCCAAUUGGGGUUCCACACACUUGCGGUCGUCGCCAUGGCAUCCUUUGCAGCAGCUUGCCGCCUGUCGGCGCGGCUAGCGACGCGGAAACUGCAGCGGGAUGCGGCGGUCAGAGGUUUCCGGACAUCGGCCGCUGCCCUAGCCGCCCACAAUUUCACCAUGCCCGCGCUGUCUCCGACCAUGACUGAGGGCAACAUCGCCUCGUGGAGGGUGAAGGAGGGGGAAAAGUUCUCGGCCGGCGAUGUGCUGCUCGAGAUCGAGACGGACAAGGCGACUAUGGAUGUCGAGGCGCAGGAGGACGGCAUCCUGAUGAAGAUCGUGCAGGGCGACGGCAGCAAGGGCGUGCAGGUGGGCACCCGGAUAGCCGUCAUUGCCGAGGAGGGCGACGAUAUCAGCUCGCUUCAGAUCCCCGCCGAUGAGAGCCCGCAACCGACCAAGGCCGCCGAGGCGCCCGCCACGCAGACUCCGGCCGCUCCUGCGCCCGAAGCCGCGCCAGCCUCUUCCGCCUCGUCAAAAGCAGCCGCCAAGCCGGGAGCGAAGACAUCCAAGCAGACAUACCCGCUGCUUCCGUCGGUAGCCCACCUUCUGAAGGAGAACGGGCUCGACGAGUCGGCGAUCAGCGGCAUCACCCCGACCGGACCCAACGGUCGCCUCCUCAAGGGAGACGUGCUCGCCUUCCUGGGUAAGAUCAACACCAGCACCCCCGCGGAGGUAUCUUCCCGCUUCAAGAAGGCCUCGCACCUCGACCUGAGCAACAUCAAGGUCGCCAAGGCUCCCGCGCCUGCGAAGCCCGCCAAGGAGGCCGCUCCCGUCCCGGCGCCGGCCCCCGCCAAACCCUCGCUCGUGACGCUCCCGGUCUCCCUCUCCGCCGUCAUCGAAACGCAAAAGAAGAUCCACAAGUCCCUCGGCGUCUUCCUCCCGCUCUCCACCUUCAUCGCGCGCGCCGCCGAGCUCGCCAACGACGAGCUGCCGCUCCCCGCCGGCUCCCAGCCCACGGCCGACGAGCUGUUCAACCAGGUGCUAGGCCUCGACAACAAGACCGCCGGCCGCGGCAAGUUCUCGCGGGGCUCCUACACCCCACAGAUCGCAGCACCGCUGCCGACUUCGCCUUCGUCCGCCGCCGCCACCGCACUGCCGGCAGCGGCGCCCGCGAAGGCGGCGGACAUCAUCGACGUUCUGGCGGGCCCGGCGGUCAGGCCCAAGCCGAAGCCCGCUGCUGCUGCUCCCAGGGCGGCUGUGCUCCCUGGCGCCUCGACGGGGCCGAACCUCUUCAGCCUGCAGGUGCCCAAGGCCGAGGAGAGGAGGGCGCGCGUUUUCCUCGAGCGGGUCAAGCUUGUUCUGGAGAACGAGCCGGGGAGGUUGGUGCUGUGAUGCAGGCUUGCCUGGGGGAGGGGGAGGUCUACAGGGCUGGCUGUUG